AACAUUCACGUCAAAACUGCCCUUGCCGAGACUCACAAACCCGGAACAGAUGGCGGCGAAGUGGCUGCGUUUUUCGCUCCUUUUGUUGUGGUUUUGCUCGUUGUAUCACGCCACGUCUGGAGACAGCAGUGGCGUGAAAAAGAUGAAGAUGCAAUUCGCCACUGGACCUCUUCUCAAGUUCCAAAUUUGCAUUUCCUGAGGGUACAAGCGGGUGUUUGAGGAGUAUACGCAGGCUUUGUACCAGCGUUACCCAGACAUCCGCAUUGAAGGGGAGAACUAUCUUCCCAUUCCCCUCUAUAGGCACAUUGCUUCUUUCUUGUCCAUGUUGAAACUGCUCGUGAUUGGAAUGAUCAUCAUUGGCAGGGAUCCAUUUGCUCUUUUUGGGAUGCCAGCACCAGGCAUUUGGGAGUGGGGUCAGACAAACAAGAUAUACGCAUGUAUGAUGGUAUUCUUCUUUAGCAAUAUGAUAGAGAACCAGUUAAUGUCAACAGGAGCUUUUGAGAUCACAUUAAACGAUGUUCCUGUGUGGUCCAAACUAGAGUCUGGUCACCUGCCUUCCAUGCAACAGCUCGUACAAAUCUUAGACAACGAGAUGAAGAUGAACGUUCACAUGGACACAAGACCCCACCAUCUUUCUUAACCAACUCUUUGCUUUCAUACUGCAAGCCCUUCUAUGUUUUGAGGUGGGAUUCUGACUGUGGCUGUGAGGUGAUGUUUAUGAAGGUCUGCGCUGAAGGCAGUUUGACUGUUAGCGCUGACUGGAUGCCCCCAUCACGUUCACUGUGCUUCAUUGGAAAUCCUGCCACUGAUGCCAGAGGGGAUCCCUGUGCCGGUCAUACUCUUGUGAAAUUGCCUACUUCCAUGCAGUUUUUUCCACGAUAUCAGUGAUUUAACACAGACAUUUAACACUGAUUCUUAACAUUCUUUAACUUUGCUUACAUUUGACCUGAGUGAAUUAUACCUUGUUAUUUGUACCACUGAGCCAUGUGUAGAAUUGUUUUAUUUUAAUGAUCCAUUGCAUAGCUUAGAUUCAAAAUGUUCAAAUAUAUUGUCAAUGUUGUGGAAAAAUAUAGUUGCAGAAUCAUGUCUUGAAUUCUGAAUAAUUUUUAUAUUGACAUGAUAAGCUAUGAUGAUUAAUAAAACAUAAUUUAACACACUAA